AGUACAAUCGAACCUAUGACUAUUUUUACCAUGUUUAUGUUUAACAACCGUUCUUUAAUUCAAAAUCUCAACGGCCUCAAUCAGAUAAUCUCUAUUAUCUAUAAUCUUCCUUUGAAUUUAGCGUAACCCUUAUCUUCUGCUGAAGACGAGAAGACCUUGGCAGCUUUCCCCUGGCUCUCUUUUCCUUCUAUAAUGCCAUUUGUUGAUAAUACAGCUUUAUAUUCUUUCACUGGUGACCCACUAAUAAAAAUAUGAAGCGGACGGUCAAAGAUCUCUUUCCUUUUUCCUCAAGCGUGUUUUUAUGCGUUUUAGGGCUUUGCUCACUCAGCUGAGACAGAGAAAAAAUACUCAGCAAUGACGGACUCGAUUUGUUCGACGUGGACGUGCUAGCAUAUAUAAGAAAGCGUGAGUUUCACGACCCGUCGACAUCACGCGUGAGAGAGGAAAACACCGUCUGGAAAUGCGUCCUCACUUCGACUCAGACGUUUAAAACAAUCACUGCAUUCUCAGUUCCGAAAUUCGUUGUCGGUCUAUCUUGCCAUUGGUGUCUCUUUCCCUAUUUCGCUGGAGUAGUCUGUCGUUCGUCGCCAAUUCAUAGCUCUCAUGUCGCCGUUUCAAGGCCAUGUCGCUUGUCGAAAUUUACCCCUAACAGGGCCUCACUAGUUGUUAACGAGGUUCUUGGAUAGCAGAGCAAUGCUCAAUGUAUGAAAAUAUUCGGUAAAAAACUUUAAAGGGUUACAGUGGUAUAACUCAAAAUAUAAGAUAUAUUUAUUCAGGCACAAAUACCAGUAAGAAUAACUUGUCCGUCCAGAAAUGUUACACACUGUAACCAAGAGUGCCUCAGUGUUUUUAAAUGACUUGUAUUCUUUUUAACUUGUGUAAGGCAUUGUGGUGUAUGCUGUAUUAAUAUACUUUGUGAGAUAGUUUACUCGUUAGAGUAAUCGUUCAUGCAUUGUUACCUUACCCUCUUUAAGUGUGGUCAUUGAUGCAACAUUCCCUCAACAAAGUUGUGACGUGUGUCCAGUUCUGAUUCUACUCCUGACAUCAUUCUUCUCUGGAACUGCCGCGCGUGCUAUUGCCUACAAAAUUUCAGGGCGAGACAAACAGUGCAACUUAAAAAUGGCAAUAUUGUGUGCAAACCAUUCAGUCUCUCCAUCUGUUGGUCUGCAGUUCGUCCAUCAGUCCGUCGGACUGUCCGUACGUUUGUCCGUCAAUUAGUGGGUCAAUCGGUCGGUCGGUCCGUCCGUCCGUCCAACUGUCAGUCAGUCAGUCAGUCAUUCAGUCAAUGAGUCCGUCCGUCCUUCCGUCACUUAGUUAAUCAAUCAGUCAGUCCGUCCAUCUGUCAGUCAGACAUUCAGUCAAUGAGUCCGUCCGUACGUCACUUAGUCAGUCGGUCGGUCCGUCCGUCCGUCCAUCUGCUUGUCAGUCAGUCAUUCAGUCAAUGAGUCCGACCGUCCGUCUGUCAUUCACAGUCACAAAUCAGCCACUCUGUCAGACAGUCCACAGUUAGUCAGUCAGUCCGUCCGUUACAAUGAAAAUCCGAAGAAUUGUUUCCGUUACUUUCAUCUUCGAAGGAAAGGUUAUGUCACAGGAGAUCUGAAUUAAAACUAUUCCUGGUUAGUGUUAGUUACUGCAGUUAUGUUGACGUCCGUUUUUAAAGCUCGUCACGAUUUUUGAGAUUUGGGAUCCACUGCAACAGUUGAAUUCAACGUAGCCAAACGAGAGUGUUAAAUUUUCGUAGUAUAAGAGACUUUGCGAAAAAGAAGAACCUUGGUCCAUCUUACCCAGGUCUUCGUUCCCUUUGAACAGCGGUCGAGUAAGGAACGAAGACUGGAGCUACGAGAUUGAACCUUGGUCGUCAAAGACAUUAUUUCUGUGGAUGCGCAUAUCAACUCAACCCAGUAAGUUUGCUCUAACCCUCGGUUUGAAACAGAGGUAAAAGACUGUGUUCAAAUGAACUUGACUUGCCGUGUAGCCUACAGACGUUUCAUUAUCUUUUAUAUUGCAUCGGAAACGUCCGGAAGGAAAAUGAGGCGUCCUCCCGCGGGCUUAUUCAAUCGUUGUCAAACUGAAAGCUCCAACCAUUUAAUAUUCCACUCUUUAGAGUAUAGAUAGCGCGCGAAACGAGCGAAAAUGUACUCAGGAAAACUGGUUUAACAGGUUUGUGGUGACCAUGCGAGAACGUCUACCAAGGUCAAGUCAAGAUUUUGAGAAAGGAAAAUGUUUGAUAAUAAACUUUACAACGUUUUGUAGAGUCAAGUAGCACUGUACAUUUUAUUACUUCUUUUUUUUUUACAGCACGAUUCGUGAAAACGUGAAGGAACAUUGCGUGAUUCAAAAAAGUAUAAUGACAGAAUGCUUGAGCGUUGAUAAAUAAUCAAAGACGUUAAAACAGCACACACUUCAUCAAAAACGGAACCUUGCCUGGUCGGAUUUUAAGAUAAACUGCGUUUUUGCGAUAUCACCAAGACAUAGUCUGAGGAUGUCUUGCCAUUUCGUGGUUUUAUUAAAUUGCGCAAACUGUGUGGGAAAUAAAUUGACAAAGUGAAUACUUGCAAGAACGGGAUUUGUGAUAUAAAUUUUAAGUGAGGCGGCUUGGAAUAAGAUUAGAACAUGUGCCUGAUCAACAUGUAAGAGAAAAAAAACAUUUCGUUCGUAAAGAAUGAAAUAGUUUUCACUUCUGCUAGCCGAAUUUGAAUAUUUCAUCUUGUCACAAAAUGCACCCAAAUAUAUACCACCCUUUUCGAACUUACCCAUUGUUCUUCCCCUACGCAAUAUCCUCUAGUGUCGCUCAGAUUUAAACUACUUUAAUUCCUAAUGUGUUUUGAAAGGCUAGGAAAGACUAAAAAUUGUUAAUUAAAGAUCUAAGCAAUAGCUUUGGCCAUGCAUAAUACAUCAGAUUUUAAAAAGUGAUUGUGGAAAAAUAAAAUCUGGUGAUAAGAAUGCAGGUUAAAAGGUUUUCAAUUAUACUCUUGCCGCAAUCAGCGACUUCUAUUUAAAUAACAAUUAGUGAAGCUUCAUAAUGCAUUCAACCUUCUUCGUCUGCUUAUCUGUAAAAGCCACCGUAAAACACCGAAGGUAAGUUUAAUUUUUAUUUACUUGAAUAACGUUUUAACUAACUCAAUUUUAUAAGGAACGGUGAUUCUACAAUUUGAAAUGUUAUAAAAUGGAGUGACGUUUGUAUCAGACGGUUUGUCCUGAAAACUCAAUCAGUUUGAGCGUCGAUAUUUAGAAGUCAACUUUGCUUUAUUGAACAAUAUUUAGCUACAAUUUUAUCGACGUUAAAAAAUAGUUUUCAUUCACUAGCGGUUAAAACUAACAAAAUUAUUGAUUUGUGUCGGCGAAUGGCUAUCAAACGUGAAAUUUGGUUUACAUAAAUUCGGUUCUUCGACGUUAUCCUCCUUGAAUGGAUGUAUAAAACUCAUCACGCUCCUAAAUUUAAUUCUGGGCGUCCAUUGCUGUCGGCGCGGUACAUCUUUCAGAUGGUUCAACACUUCGUUUCGUUUUCCCCCUGGGGUACUCUCGUUGGAAAUGUUCCGCCCGAACCGCUUCCCCUUAUUCAGUUUUUGUAAGGAAAUGCAUUUUCAUAUCAUAUUUCUUACUUCAUUUUAGACGUAAGGUCCAAAAUCAAUUGCUCAUCUCUUUGUAACGUUUUCGGAUUAAGAAUCCCACAAUAGCUGAAAGAUUCAAAAUUUUACCAGGAUAGCAAUUUGAUUUGUUUACAGCUGUCACUAAGUCCAAUUUAAUGAACAGUAAUCCACUUUCACCCUUGUAAUACUGUACAACUUUUCGAACCUUCCCCGAAAAUACCUGUUUUAUUUCACGCUGUGUAAUUUUGUUGGCAAUAUAACUAGAAAUUCGAACAGAGAACGUUACGUAAUCGGUGCAGAAUUCUUGCCAGUUUGAAGCGCAGCGAGGGGUAAAAGGCAGUUGUGGUACCCACUCUCCUCUUGAUGACUUCGUAUGAUUGUUGUUUUGUUUGUCUGUAAAUCUUUUUGAAAUACUUAAAUACCGCAGAUGAUCUAUAUUUCUCAGACGAGUAAUUCAUUCGUUGACCAGGAUGCUAAGAUAGACUCGAGUGAUUUCUCGCUUAGAAACCUUCGAGAUAAUUACAUUCAACUCGUUCAAUAUACAUGGAAAGAACACUCGUUCGAUGUGGUGGCCAGGUUUAUUCAUUGUCACCAGUCUUGCGGUUUUUAGCUAAGUCUACGUACUUCAUUCUUGGCAUUUUGUCGCAACAAACUUUCUGGUGUUUUAGCCAAUGUGUUUUCUUUCCCUUUUGUUAGCUGACACCUGCUUGUACAAGAACCAACAACGAAGAACAAAGACAACAUCGAAUUGCUAUUUAAUUACAAUCUCAACCUAUCGGUGCACUUUAUCACCAGGGAAAUCAAUGGUUCCAUCGCGACAAGCUGUUCGCUCGCUGUUCUGCCUUUUCAUGGUUUGUUCAUGUUAUUUUAGUCCCAAAUUUCCAUUCGCGAGAUCGGAGGCCCACAGAGAAGGCAGUUCAAUGGGGAUUUUUCAAUUGUAGACAUUUCGUUCAGUUAACAAUCGAUAUAAUCAACAGCUUUGAAUAUCCGGUAAAAGGCUUUUUGAUAUAGUUCUACUUCACUGUCGUGAACUUGUCAUCAGAACACACUACACCUGCGGUUUGGUUCCGAUUUAAUUUCCCUUAGCUGCUUGGGCAAACCAAAGGGUCUUUAAACCCGAGCAGUGAACGAACAACAGCAGACAAAUUGCCAUCGCGGAGCACAGUGCUAAGAGUCAGGACAUUAUGAUAUCCAGAUUAAGCCGGCUAUUGGCUCUGUUCCUGUGUUCUUUCAUUUGAGGUUUAAAAAGUGGAAUUCAAGACAAAAGAUACCACUAGAAUGGCGUUGCAGCGAAACUGCUCACCGACUGCAGUAACAAAUACAUCCUCUGGAGACAACAGAAAUGCAUCAGGACACCUUAACAUGGCUGCGAUUUUCUUUUUAGUCUUAAUGGCAGUUUCUAUUGUCAUUGUUAACUGCUUCGUGGUAUUUCUGGUUUGGAAGAAGAAAGUACUUCGUUCGCCAGCCAAUAUUUGCCUGACGAGUCUCGCCUGCUUAGAUUUUUUGUCAGGAUCGUGCGCGAUCCCAUUGGUCUUUGCAUGCUCGGUGCUGGAGGCGGAAUACAAGCACGUUGGGUGGCGGUGCCUUAGUAUGGAUCUUAUGAGCAGAAUGCUGUCCAUCUCAGCUAUUCUACACUUAUUGGUCAUUGCUGUGGAACGAUACGUCGUUAUCGUACGCCAUGUGAGGCCAAAUGACUUCCUCAGCUUGAAGAAAUACGUUAUCAUCGUGUCAGCAGUUUGGUUUAUUCCGUCAUGCGCCUCACUCAUUCAGCUCUCGUGGGUCGAUGUCAAAGAUGACGUGUCUCGGUCGCAAACGGAGAUCAUUUACGACAUUGUGUGCAUCUUUGGAUUCGUUUGUGUUCCUCUGUUAAUCAUCAUAGUCGCUUACGCCAAAGUUUUCUGUGUUUUGCGAAGGCACACCAAAGAAAUUGAAAAGCAAACAAUGCUUUUUGUGUCAUAUUCCAUACAAAAAAGGCACAAACUCAAGGAGAAACGAGCAACUCUGAUCUAUGUAUCAAUGAUAGGGUUUUACAUCAUAGGAUGGUUUCCUUACUUUCUUAUAUCUUUGUCAAUUGACUUGGGUGGAGGGCAAAUGUUCGCUGCAAUUCCCCACUGGGUCGACACGGCCUUUAUGUUUUGCAGAUUUUCAAGCUCGUUGGUAGACCCAAUCUUGUACACAUUUUUCAAACAAGAUUUUAAGGAAGCGAUUUGUUCUAUUAGAAGAGGAUUGAGGUCUCACUCCAGUGAAACAGAGUCAUGGAGGUCUUCCAAUGGUAACCCAAUCCAGCUGAGGUGUAUGAGAAACUCUGCUUCAACUAUGGUUGAAACGUAGCGUUCACAAGAACGGGAAAUUUCGAUGAUAGAGCCGUCAACUCAUUCAGGGUAGGUUUGGAAAUUCAAUCCUUGUACGAAUGGUUCAAAUUUCUCUUUAAACUAAGCGAGUAAAAGUUGAAACUUAGCGUUCAAAGGAACAAGAAAUUGCUAAGAUAUGAGAGGACUGAACUCAGCCAGGGUGGGUUUGGUAAUUCGAUCCUUGUACGAAUGGUUCAAAUUUCUCUUUAAACUAGGCGAGUGACAGUUGACACUUAGCGUUCACAAGAACAAGAAAUUGCUAGGAUAUGAGAGGACUGAACUCAGCCAGGGUUGGUUUGGUAACUCGAUCUUUGUACGAAUGGUUCAAAAUUUCUCUGUAAACUCGGUGAGUGAAAGCUACUAGUCACUGUUUUCUGAAACUCUGAACGUUUAUUUUUGACGUUGAUUGUCAAUUUUCAUAAAUAGACGUGACACUUUAAAACAGAGUUAUAAUAAUACAAACAGGGAAAUUUUAAAAAUUUUACAAUUUGAAAUAUCGAAUUAAAUAGCAUUUAUAAAUUCUUUGCAGCACAUAGUAACUAACUUCAGUCCCGAGUUUAAAAUACAAAAUUCAUUUUAAAUAUCGAAUACCUGAGCCUUAUUUAAUGUUAACUGAUGGAUUUAGACGAUGUCUGUAGCAUUGGUAAUAAAAACUGGAAAAAGGAACACAAAAAG